AUGUGUAAAGGCCCUAUGCAUGCCUUCCUACAAGCGCUUCCAAAGUGUGAGCAUCACUUACAUCUCGAGGGUACCCUGGCCAAAGAAAACUGUAUCAGCUUACCCCCCGUCGAAUCAGAUCCCGCUUUUGCUUCAGCUGCUAGCUUGCUGGAAAGAUAUGGCUCGUUUGUGUCGCUUGAUGACUUUUUACAGUACUACUUUAUUGGCAUGUCUGUCCUUGUCAAGGCAGGGGAUUUUGAGGCACUGGCCAUGAAUUAUUUUACAUGUGCCAAAAGAGAUGGAGUUGUACAUGCAGAAGUGUUUUUCUAUCCCCAAUGCCACACCGCACGAGGAGUCGAAUAUACCACUAUCAUCGAAGGCUUUACCACAGCCUGUGAACGGGCUAAAAUUGAGCUCGAUAUUACUACGGAGCUCAUCAUGUGUUUCGUGCGUCACCUCCCAUGUUCUAGCGCGGAGCAGCACUACGAACUUGCAUUGCCUGACCUGAAAAGUGGCCGCUUGGCGGGUAUCGGGCUCUCAUCAAGUGAGAAAGACAACCCGCCGGAAUUGUUCAAGUCUGUCUAUCAACUUGCGGAGAAAGAGGGUAUCCGAAGGACUGCUCAUGCUGGUGAAGAAGCUGACGUUGGCUAUAUGCGUGGAGCACUGGAGCAUCUCCAUGUUCAGAGAGUCGACUAUGGCAUUAAACUGGCAGAAGACCCUGAUCUGCUGGCAGAAUUUUACUCCGUACCCACUUUGUUGACCUUGGGACCGAGUGUCAAUCCUACCAGACCAGUAUUCAUGCGGCUGUUCAGGUCAAACAAAUCGCAGGGGUCUCUAAACAUCUCAGCAGGAAGGUCGCCAUUACAGUCUCCCGUCGACACUCCUCUCCAGUCUCCUGCGUUUCCUCCCCCCCAAUCAGCCGCACACGGACCUGGUCCUGGUGGUCUCCAGUACGACGAAAGCGCAGACCCCUCGGACGCACAGCGUUACUACUCCUCUGACGAGCAGCAACCGCAGUCUGCUCAGUUCGCGUCAUCGACCAGUAGGGAUCAAAACACCGCAGGUCACGGUUAUUCAGGGAGACCAACGGUGAAUGUGAUUCCAGACCCAGCCAGCGAAAAUAGCCUGAUCCCUUCGAUUACCACCUCCUCUACUAAUCACGAAGAACGCAAUCAAAGGAACCCCAUUAAAAACUUGUUCAGUCUGCACUCGUCCAAGGGAAAUUCUUCCCAAUCAUAUUCCCCUUCGUCGACCCUUGGGCGUAGCCUUUCGACCAAGGAGAAGAUCACAAGACCGCAAAGUCAGGAAGGGCUCAUACCACAAUCGACAACAGUGCAAUACUCGGGUGAGGGAUACUCCAGCGAUACGCACGAAGAGAACGAAACCUCAAACGAAUACACACUCUCUCAAGCCCCAGCCGAGUCUGACGAGCAAUACAAUCACCAGCAACAUCAGUUUGAUUCACCUCAAAGUCAGAGUAGUUCCCAUUACUCAAGCCACUAUCAAGCCGAAGAUUCACAUUCCAACUCACAGCAAAAUUUUCAAAAGCCCUAUCAGCUUCGUCCACCGCAUACGUCGAACACGUCGAAUUCCUAUCUUCCAUACAAUCCUCAAGCAGAUCGGUCAAAUCAAGACAUACACGAUCCUUAUCGAGCCAUUCGCCCACCCUCGCAACAAUCUCUCGGACCCCCUUCUCCGAUAGUGUCCGUUCAGCAAUCGACCGAAUUCAGAUCAACCGUCAUCCAAGGGAGGCAAGUCACCCAAUCUAAUCAGUCUUUACACCUGCAACCAGAAGCUACUAUGGCUAGAGGAGACGGCUCCAACCCCUCUAUGAGACAGCAACUGGCUCAACAACACCAACAAGGUGCUGAAUCUGGCCAUGCGCAACAUGGCACGUCUCAAGGCUCAAGACAGUUACAACAACAUUCCUCAAGCAUGACCGACCACGGGCGGAAUACACCCCCUCCCACAAGAAGUAGAGAAGAUUUCAGCGUUCAGGACUACACAGCAUUACUGCAGAAGCAUGAAGAGCUACAGGCCAAAUACUCCAAAGUGAAGAAGUAUUACUUCGAAAAGGAUGCCCAGGUCACUGCCCUGCAAAAUACUGUUGCAAACCAGCGUCUUUCCAUGUCUAGAACAACACUCGACGAUCAUGAAUAUACUACUCGUUUUAAUCGUCUCGACGGUGCGAUAAACAAUCUAAGCUUCAAUAUCCGAAAGGAUUGGAAAGGAGUUCCACAGUGGCUUGCUCAAAUGAUCAACAAGGACGCACAUAACAUUGGAACUAAGGAGAUGACGGCUGUGGGACGAGCUUGCAUUACGAAAUGGGUUGUCGAUGAAAUUCUAGACCGCUACUUUCAUCCUCGACUUGAACCAGGAUUAAGCACUGAGUUGAAGAUGAUUGAGAAAAACAUUAGAAGGGUAGGGCAAAACCAAGGACUCGGUGACGAGCAACGUGAAGAUCUAAUUGUUAAACUUAUCUCAUGGCGUUUGACGACACUUGAGGGGCUGGCGGACAGCAUGGUUGGCGAGCAAGGUCACGAAUACAAGCAACAGCUUACUACGAUGUUGAUGGAGAAAUUGACAGCGUCGUUGCAGAUGAACCUAAAUGAUCCACCUCCGCCGGGUCUAGAAAGUGGCGUUGGCAUGAUCAUUGAGCUCGCAAUUGGUCUGGCCGCCUCUUUACCGCAGGAAUCUCGUGACGUCUGUGUUGAAUACUAUAUGCCUUACUCGUUGAUCAACGAGACAUACAUGAAGAUGGAAUCGGGCAUUCCGCCUUUGACAAUGCCUGGUGGGAACGUCGACUAUCUUAGUGCUCCCGAACAACAGCAAGGUGACCAGGGCUCUACACACAGCGGAGAUGACAACAGCCCUGGGGAGAACGAGGGAGACAGAGAGAACAGUGGAGGUAGUGGUUUGCCAAAUCGAGCUGACUCGCUGCCCGUGCAAGGUGGCAAUGGACAGCAGCAGCCGAUCAAGAAAGAGGAUACCCGAAAGAAGAGCAUCUUUGGAGCACUGGUCAGUAGUAAGAAGCCGUCACAGGCAGAGAACAGCAAUGGCGGAUUAGCUCCGGUCACCAAUCCAAGGACGGGUUCUGGUACAAAUGUUAGUGCAAAGGAGAGAGACAGUAUGGAGAAGGCGGAGCGUGACCGAAGGAUCCGUUUUGCAGCCUUCGUUGGGGUGGAGGUUCGGGGUAAGGGCAAGGAGGGUUCAAAUGUUCUUGUUAAAGCGCCGUGUUAUGGAUUCUGA